CAUAAUGCAUUGGCGCGAAACGGUUUUUUUGUUUUUACCGGAUGUAGCAUCACAUGAAUUGACUGUCAACAUGCAAGAUGGCCACACAUCACAGGCAAAAUGCCGCUGGGCGGAGGAAAGUACAGGUGUCUUACGUUAUUAGGGACGAGGUGGAGAAGUACAAUCGAAACGGGGUGAAUGCGCUCCAGCUAGAUCCUGCACUCAACCGGCUCUUCACUGCUGGGAGGGACUCAAUCAUCCGGAUAUGGAGCGUCUAUCAGCACAAACAGGACCCAUACAUUGCAUCAAUGGAGCAUCAUACAGACUGGGUUAAUGAUAUAGUCCUUUGCUGCAAUGGGAAAACAUUGAUAUCUGCCUCCUCAGAUACAACGGUGAAAGUGUGGAACGCACAUAAAGGAUUUUGCAUGUCAACGUUACGAACGCACAAGGACUAUGUCAAAGCGUUGGCGUACGCCAAGGACAAAGAGCUCGUAGCGUCAGCGGGUCUGGAUCGGCAGAUCUUUCUUUGGGACGUCAACACAUUAACUGCCCUCACUGCUUCCAAUAACACAGUCACUAGUGAGUACACAUUUGCCCCCCCCCUGAGGGAUGCUUGUGUUUGUGACCCAUCUUUGAGACUUUUAUGUCUUCUUCUAGCUUCAUCGCUGAGUGGGAACAAGGACUCGAUCUACAGUCUGGCAAUGAACCAGAUGGGCACAGUAAUUGUUUCUGGUUCCACUGAAAAGGUUCUGAGAGUGUGGGAUCCUCGGACAUGUGCAAAACUCAUGAAGCUAAAAGGUCACACAGACAACGUCAAGUCCUUGCUGCUUAAUCGAGAUGGCACACAGUGUCUGUCCGGCAGCUCGGAUGGGACCAUCCGCCUCUGGUCUCUGGGCCAGCAGAGGUGUAUCGCCACGUACCGAGUGCAUGACGAAGGCGUGUGGGCCCUGCAGGUCAACGAGGCCUUUACACACGUCUACUCAGGAGGCAGAGACAAGAAGAUCUACUGCACGGACCUGCGUAACCCGGACAUCCGUGUGCUCAUCUGCGAAGAGAAGGCCCCAGUGCUCAAAAUGGAAUUGGACAGAUCUGCUGACCCACCUCCAGCAAUCUGGGUUUCCACCACCAAGUCAUCCGUUAAUAAAUGGUCCCUAAAAGGAAUCCACAACUUCAGAUCAUCAGGGGAGUACGACAAUGACUGCAGCACUCCUCUGACGCCAUUGUGUACUCAGCCAGAACAAGUAAUUAAGGGAGGUGCCAGUAUUAUACAGUGCCACAUUCUGAACGACAAGAGACACAUACUCACGAAGGACACCAACAACAAUGUCGCGUUUUGGGACGUCCUAAAGGCUUGCAAAGGAGAAGAUCUGGGCAAAGUGGAAUUUGACGAGGAGAUUAAAAAGCGCUUCAAGAUGGUCUACGUGCCAAACUGGUUUUCAGUGGAUCUAAAAACAGGGAUGCUCACUAUCACUUUGGAUGAAAGUGACUGCUUCGCUGCCUGGGUGUCUGCAAAGGAUGCUGGGUUUUCGAGUUCUGAUGGUUCCGAUCCAAAGUUGAACCUGGGAGGCCUUUUGCUUCAGGCUCUGUUGGAGUUCUGGCCCAGAACUCGAAUUAACCCCAUGGACGAGGAGGAGAACGAGGUGAACCACGUCAACGGGGAGCAGGAGAACAGGGUCCAAAAAGGAAACGGUUAUUUCCAGGUUCCUCCACACACCCCAGUUAUCUUUGGAGAAGCUGGAGGCAGAACUCUUUUUAGGUUGUUAUGUAGAGACUCAGGUGGAGAAACAGAAUCCAUGUUGCUGAAUGAGACAGUCCCACAGUGGGUGAUUGAUAUAACUGUAGAUAAAAAUAUGCCCAAGUUCAACAAAAUCCCAUUCUACCUCCAGCCUCAUUCCUCCUCUGGUGCAAAAACUCUAAAGAAGGACCGCCUCUCAGCCAGCGACAUGCUCCAGGUCCGGAAGGUGAUGGAGCAUGUUUACGAGAAGAUCAUCAACCUGGACAACGAGUCCCAGACCACCAGCUCUUCAGCCAACGAUAAGCCUGGCGAACAGGAGAAGGAAGAGGACAUGGCGAUGCUGGCGGAGGAGAAGAUCGAGCUCAUGUGUCAAGACCAGGUUCUAGACCCCAACAUGGACCUGCGAACGGUUAAACAUUUUAUCUGGAAGAGCGGCGGGGAUUUGACGCUUCACUAUAGGCAGAAGUCAACGUGAAAAUGACCCUUUUUACGAGCAGAACUCUGCCAUUUGCCAAUCACAACCCACCUCUGACAUGUAGUACCCUUAACCCGUCGUGUGGUCAAGUGAGAAUCCAGUAAGUUUGUACGGACGUCAUUCCUGAUGGGUCACGGGAGAAGUGGCCCCAGCAGUCUGGCACAGCCAACACACUCCCAGGACAAAGCGGUCCGUGCCGGUCCUUUAGCAUUUGAGGAAUUGACUGUUCUUCUGCAACUUUUCCCCCAGCUUUGUUUAUUUAUUCUUUUCUGUUCUCCUAUUGGCAUUUGUUUUUACCAACUUAAGUUCAGUCUGUAUUUGUCUUAGUGUGUGUACGCACAUGGAUGUAGUCGACCAUUUGCUGUGCUACAUUCCAGGAACUGUCCUUGUUCUGCUGACACUUUGCCUCCACAGCAUCAUCAGUGCAGAUCACCUGGGUAACCGGUGAAGAAACGCUCUUCUGUGUUCUCAAACAUCCGCCACCUUAACUUGAACUUAGCAUCAGACUUUUACUUAUCAGAAAGCUCACCAAAAUUAAGCAUUUGUCUUUGUCUUAUUAUUUUUUUAGCUGCUCUCCAUGGGAUGAAUGUGAUUUUUUUUUUUUUUGUAAAUAUAAAACUUUUUUGAUUUCGAAGACUUUUAUUUUGAUGUUUUGCAGCAGUUUUUUUGUUCUUGUACAGUUUCCUUAAAGACCGGUUCCUUUUUUUCCAAAUCUUUUGAGCACAUUUACAGUCGUCAUGGCGAUUGGACCAUGAGUUCUUCUGUUCACUGCGGCUUAAAAACUGCAGUAAUUCUGAGAAAAAAAAACAAAAACGUCAGUUGUUGGGGCUGUGUUAGCAGCUGGAUGUUGAUAUGAAAGGUAUAUAAAUAUAUAUAUAUAUAUAUCAAAACAAUAACUAAUGCUUACAUGUACGGCUCACGAGUGGUAACUUUAAACAGAGGGCUUUUUCUCGUGUAUAUUCCAUUUAGAUUUUAUUAAAGGACACAUAACUUGAAGGGGAAUUUCAUGAGAAUUUUAAUAUCCAGCACUGUGGGCAAUUAAAGUGAAAUAAACGCUAACAACCUUUUUCUUUCCCCCACCCAUCUUGGUGCAACACCAGGAAGUGAAUUCUUAAGUUUUCUAGAGUUAAUUUUGCCAUGAGUGUAUGUGAUGCCAUAACGGAGGAUGUAUUGAGUGAGCUCGAAUUGGCCAAAAAGAGAAAAAAAAUAACCAUCAAGUGUACCACAAUUAGGCCAUAGCACUGCAAUAUUCCUUGUUGUAAUAAUUUGUGAAAUAUGUAUAUUUUAGGCAUUCAGAGAAAUAAACUGGAAUGGUUUAACAUUGA